UAAUCUGUAAUUAUAUACGAUAAGAAAGGUUUUCCACGUGGCUUUGUUUACGCGUCCUUCGCAACAACCGGAAGUAAUAUCCGCAUGAUGAUCACAUGAUGAAUUACAGCUGACGUCAUAUUUUGACAGCCAUGUCAAAGAAAGAGAAGAUGUAGAGUAUAGUAUUUAGAGAAGCCAGCAAUUGAAUUAUCUGCAUUAGGUUUUAUAAGGACACCAAUAUUAAGUAUUGAAUAUAGUUAGUAAUUUAAAGGUUUAUAAAAUGUCUGGUAAAUCCAAGCUGUUAAAGGUUGUUCUACUAGGAGAUGGAGGUGUGGGUAAAAGUUCCUUAAUGAAUAGAUUUGUCAGCAACAAGUUUGAUGCUCAGUCUUUCCACACGAUAGGUGUUGAAUUCCUAAAUAAAGAUGUGGAAGCUGAUGGAGAGCACUACACAAUGCAGAUUUGGGACACAGCGGGCCAGGAACGAUUUAAAAGUUUACGAACACCAUUUUAUAGAGGAGCUGAUUGUUGUUUGUUGACAUUUGCUGUAGACGACAUGCAGAGUUUUAGAAAUUUAUCUAUGUGGAAGAAAGAGUUUUUAUACUAUGCUGACAUUGAAGACGGGAAUAAUUUUCCUUUCGUAAUUCUGGCAAACAAAGUUGAUGUUGACAAUCGUUGCAUUCCGGAAAGUGAUGGGAAGGAAUGGUGUGCGAACAAUGGACAAACUCCAUAUUUUGAAACAAGUGCCAAAGAUUCAACAAAUGUAGAGGAAGCAUUCAAAGCUGCAAUAAGAAGGAUAAGACAACUAGAGGAAUUUGUAGAAAUGAAACCAUCACAUGGGAAUUCUGUAGACUUGCGUAAAAAAUCAAAAGCUCAACAGUCGGGAUGCUGUAAUUAAUUAUUUUUUUAUCUGAUUUUGAUAUUUGAAAUCAUUAAUACGUUUUUCAUAAUUUUGCUAUCACUAGGAAGCUUUUAUUUUUAAGAUACUUCUAUUGAUGAGAAGCAAUCUGCAAUGUAGUUGGUUUUAAUCAGACCAGGAAUGCUAUUAUUGUAUGUGCAUUCCAGAAUUCAUUUAGAAUUUAGAUACAAUCAUGGUAAUGCAAAUUCUUCUCAUGUUUUUAACUCAACAGGUUUUCCAUUUUAUAUGUCUUUAUCAACCCAGUGUUUAAGCAUCUCAUGGUAAGAUUAACAUGAUUAAUAAUCAUGAUUUUGUAUUUGUAAUUUUAUUUAUUGUUAUGCCCACCUGAAAUUUGUACAUUACAUAGAUAAUUAAGUAUUGGAAAUAUCAGGUUCUAAUAUUCAUCAUGAAUAUAACAUGUACAUGUACUACUAUAUCUAAAGCUUCAGAAUCCGAUGCAGGGAUACAUCUUUCUUUUGUUCAUAUAUACAAUCAUAUACCAUGUAUACAUGUAUUCAUGGUAAUAUUUAAACCAAUACAGUAACUAACAAUUAUUUAAACAUGACUAAUAUUGGAAUCAUUGAUAAAAUACUGGGACAUGUAUUCCAUUAGUUAUGUCUUUUAUGUAAUUUUUGUUUUUCCUAUUCCUUCUCUGAUUGGGGACAAAUCAUCGUCAAUGAUAGUCCUCUUUGUAAUUCACAGGUUUUCCUACUUGAGAUUGCAUGUAGUUUAUUUUUUGAAUGUGCUUGUUUAUCUGCAAAUUAUUUAAGGCGGUAGACCUAGGUUAAGGGAAAUAACUCUUAAAAUCAUCAGUACGUUUGAGUCAACCAUUUUCAAAAAUAUAUUCUAAGCUUCUAUGUUACAUAGAUUAUUUUCAAUCUGUUUCAAGUAAAUGCUUAAAAUACAUUGAUGAACUUGACUUUUACAAACGCUUAACUGAUCUAAAGAGUUAUCUCCCUGAAACAAGGUCUACCACCUUAAAACACAGAAAAAUUAAAGAUUUAUUCAAACAGGGUGGUAGGAUUAUUUUUGUUUAAACUGUAACAAUUAGUAUAAUUGCCACAUUAAUGUCAGUCACAAAUAUUUCACAAUUUCAUAAUCAGGUCAAAUGAAUUCUUUUUUCAUGUUAUGUUUAAUUAUGAUUCAUGUGUUGAAAUACCAAAUAUAAGUAAAGGCUUCCAUUUGUAUUUGAUUUACAUGAUAUAAAAAAGAAACAUUUGAAAAAAGUACAAUUGACCAUUGUGGUAAACAAACAACAACGAAAUUCAGCGUAUGUCAAAGUGUAAAUGUUAUAUUAUUAUAAGUUAUGUCAUUGCAUACUUUUUCUUUAAAGCAGAUGAUUAUAUAAACUUAUGAGUUAAUACGAUUGUUGAUUUUAUUCAUGUCUAAUCAAACUUAAUUGUUUGCUUAGAACUACAUGUACAUUGUAAUGCAUAAUUUUGUGUCAUUUAAAAUCAAGAAUUUGUUGUAUUUACGGUACAUUAAAAAUAUUUUAGAGAUACACUGAAAAAGUUGAAGUUCAAAGUAAAUGGUUUAUUACUAACUCUGUAACCAACAAAGGCAGAUUAAUGGGGGGGGGGGGACCAGACCAUAACAUAAUGUCUGCAUUAAUUUACAUGUCAGGGGAUCUUUACACAUGCCUGGACUUAACUUUAGACAGACCCAUGAAAAAAAGUUUUGAUUUCUUGUCUUGUCAAAUAAAAAUAAAUUCCAAAGUACAAUGUAUUAUGUAUCAUGGAAAUAAAUGUGUUAAACAUGUAUUCAAUAUAAAAACUAUGAAAAACAUCAGAAUUUUUUUGGAACAUUUUUUAUUGAAACAUGUGAAAUCUGGCAUGAAAUUAUUUUAUCAGUAAGCCCUAAGGUACUGUUUGGUUAAAUUGUUCAUUCACAUUAUUUUUAUUGGUACAUGCAAAUCUGUAUGGGCUCCAUAAACAACACAGGCUUUUGUCACUGAGAAAAACUUUACCCAUCUUUUUUGAAAGUAUAUGAAGUAUUUAGGUAAAACAAAAUUCAGAGACAAGUGCCUGUGAUAAACAAUAGUAUAUAUAAAAAGGCAUUAUGUUAUGGUGCUAACUAUGUAAUGUUCUUCAAGGUCUAACAAAUUAAUUGUAUUAUAUUAAAACUUUAACCUUAAAUUAAAGCUUAAUUUAUAUUUAAACAUGUGUUAUUAAAUCAAAUUGUUACUUUUUACCAUGCUUUGACAUUCAUACCAAAACAUUUGUAUUUUUAAAUUAAGCGCAUUAUAUAUGUUAUACAGAAAGACAAUUAUUCUGAACACAUAAAAAUUACAGUUCAGCGUUUUCAAAACAUGUAUCUUUGUCAUUUAAUCUCCAAUAACACAUGUCAGGUCUAAGGAGGACUAAGGGAGACUACAAUGUAUUUCACCAGACAAUGUAAGACAAAGAUAAUUUUUUUUUUUUUAAAUCACAAGUAGUGAAUUUAUAAGACUUUUUAUCUUACUUUUUUAAUGAAAUUUGUACAAGUCUUACAAUUUUAAUAUUUUAAAAAUGAUUAUAAAUAUGAAUUCAUGCCUUGUCCAGGCCAGUAAUACAACAUAUCUUCUACAUUAGAGAGGAUUUAUUUAUUAUCAGGUGAAAAAUUAAUUGUAAAAUGUUUUAAAAAACAUUUACUUGAUUAAGUUUACACCAUCAUGUAUAUCUAUAAGCUAACACUUCAUGUAUUAAUUAAUAAAUGUGUGUAACUCUUUAAAGGAUAGCUGAAAUUUGAUUGCAAAUGGCAGUGGCGGAUUUAACCCCCCUUUUUUUUUGGAUGAUCAAUGCAUUUAAAUGUUGACAUAAAGUUGGAACCCCUCUUUUUUUGGGAAGAUCAGUGCAUUUGAAUGUGGACAUAUAGUUCGAAACCCCCCAUUUAAAACUGGUUGGAUCCGCCCCUGAAUUUAAGGAAUAAAUAAGCUAGGAAAGAACUAAUCAGCUCAGUUUUAUUUAUAAGAUAGAAAAUGUACAUGUGCUUAUGUUUAAUUGUUACAUUAACAGAUUUAAAGACACGGUGGUGCAGGAUUUUUUUAAAGAAUAUCUGAUUGUUUUAAUUUAUAAUUAUGUAUUUGUUAUUCAUCUGCAUACAGUAAUUGGUUUGCAGAUGAGCAAAUGGUUGUACUAAAUCACUCGUUUCCAUGAACAUUUAUCUUCCCAUUUGUGUUUUUAUGAGAUCAAAUCCACUUUUCUUAUUGUUGCAUUAUUUUAUCAAAAACCUUGCUGUAUGUGUAUUUGACAAAACAUUGUUAAAAUAUAUUGUAAUAAAACAUAUGUGAUAUUA